AGGCGCCUCGCGGUGAUACAAGCCCUCACACACAACAACUCACUCUCACCAUCUUUCUUCACACCUUCGUGAUCAUCACAUCACUUAACAACACCUAUCCACACCUUCAAACACCACACACUACUCUGUUAACCACUUCCACACACUGUCAUCAACCCGCUCCCCUUUAUCCAACACCCUCUACACGCUCACCGCGCGUCUCUUGCUCUCGCAGGCAGUUCGCCCAGACCCCAAUUCUCUCCCCAUAACAAACUCACCAGCCUCCUCGUUGUCUAGCUCCCAAGCUCGCAACUUCCACACCCCUACAAUCAAACAACUCUCUCGACUCCUCCCCCCUAAACUCGAUCAAGCAGUUUUUCCAAACAUGCUGUUCACCCUUUCCAAGGCGCCUGCCACUACCCAGCUUUCUGAUGCCUUCAAGGCGAAGAUCGCUCUCCCGACCAACCUCCCUAGCCUUCCGGAGGCCGCGACCUACCUGCGCGGCUGCUUCCCCUCCGACUCCGCCCCAGCCUCGAUGAACGAUUCGAACACGCCCCACAGCUCGGUCCUCAACUCUCUCUCUCUCUCGUUCUCCAUCGAUACUCUCUCGACUGGCCUGUCCUUCGGGGUCAAGCUCGUUAAGGCGAUGCCCGUUAUCGGCCGCCCUGUCGCCAGCAUCAUCAACUAUGGCCAGACCUUCGCUUCCGCCAACGUCGCGGACAAGGAGAUGAUUGCGGAUCUCCAGGCUCAAAUUGUCGCCCUGCACGCUCGCCAGCACGAGAUGGACGAGGAUGCCGCCCUCUGUGCUCUCCAGCACCAGGCCGACAUGGAUGCUGCCCUCCUCGCUCGCGAGGACGAAGCCGACACCCACGCUAGAGUCAUCAACAGCAUCAAGGUCGAGCUCGACUACACCAAGGACGACCUCAAGGCUGCAAACGCCGCUCUCGAGGCACGCAACUCCGAGCACAACACUACCAAGCUCGAGCUCCAGGCCGCCCACGCUUCGAAGUCACAGUCUGACGCCGAGAAGACUCGUCUCGAGGGUCAGGUCUCCUUCUACAAGAAGCUGUACGAGAGCGUCUCCAAGGAGCUCAAUGCCGCCGAGGAGGAGCUCGAGGAGGCGCGGCUUGCCAGCCCCAGCGGCGGUGACGGUGAGCUUCAGCAACUCCGUGCCCAGCUGGUCGCCUCGAAGAAGCGUGAGGCCGACCUUCGCAUCCAGCUCGAUGCCAUGAACGAGUCUGAGGUAGAGCUCGGCUCCCAUCUCCAGGCUGCUGGCCAGUCUGUCGAUCAUCUUCGCUACAAGCUCUACUCCAUCAGCGCAGCCAACACUGGACUGGCCCAAAGCCACGCCGUAUCCCGAGUAACCAUCGCGACCUUGCAGCAGGAGAUUGCUGCGCUCAAGGGCGACAGCAACUGCAACGGCCCCAGCAAGAAGAAGCAGCGCCCCAAGCAUGGGGCCGUUUUCAGCCCUUCUCCCCUCCGCAACGACAUCACGGACAUGCUUGUGCACCCGGCGUGUGGCAACAUCGUCGAGGAGACGCAUGAGGAGCAGGAGCAGUGCUUCGAGGCCAGCGCGAACAAGACCACCUUUGAGGACGACGAGAAGAUGGAUGUCGACGAGGACGUGAUGGUUUUUGACAGCGGGAUGGAUGUCGCCAUCGAGAAGGAGGUCUCCAUUUACGAGGUCGAGGCGCUCGUUUCGGAUGAGGACGAGGAGGACGAGGACUCCGAGGAUGAGCGCACGCCGCCCCCCCGUCCUGGAAACCCUACCCCCUACGACCAGCGUGACUAGUCGGCUGCUUGCAGCUCAAGCCGGUACCUUGACUUUCGGUUGUUUUUGUAGCACACAUGCCCAGAGUUAGCUCUGGAUGUAUCCUUAGCGCAUUGCA